AUGGUUCAUACGACGUGUGCAGUGAGAGAUUGCAAGUCGUCAUCUCGCAUAAAUAAAGACCUGCGAUUUCACCAAAUUCCGCACACGGAGGAAAGAUGCAAAUCAUGGCUGAAAGUUAUUGGAAGACCUAAUUUAGUUGGAAGAACUUUCAAAAGCAUAAAGAAUACGUACAUUUGCAGUUUGCAUUUCGAAAAGAGUAUGUACGGGAAGAAAUUACUUAAGAAAACAUCUAUACCAACGUUAUUUUUACCAACCAACGACUCGAUCCAUACACAGACUGAUCCUAAAGUCAAAAUUUUAAGUGAUGUAAUAUUGGAACUCUCCGAUAAACGCCAUGUUUUAAUACCAAAAAUAGCUCGAAGAGACCAUGAAUUAGUAGGUUCUUCAUCACAAAAUUCAGAACACACAAACACUAAGAAAUAUAUAGGUAUAGAUUUUAGUUCUCAGACACCAGCACGAUUGACUGACUUUACUCCCCGAAAAAGUAAACUUAGAAAACAAUUGUUUAAAAUAAGUAAAAAGUUAAAAUGCACUGCUAAAAAAUAUGAAGAUGUUACCGCGGAACAGUUUUUGAACGGUUGUGAUAAAUUUUUAUCCCCCAAGUUAAGCGCGAUUGUAAAGGCGCAAAUUUAUUUAAAACUCCAUUGUAAAAACAAUAGAUAUAGCAGAGAAUUCAAAUUGUUUUGCUUAAAUAUGUAUUACACAAGCCCCCUCGCUUAUCGAUUUUUAUCGAAGACUAUUUGUUUACCGUCUAAAUCAACUUUAGCUAAGAUGUACCUACCUAUGCAAACUAAAGUUAACCAGCAAAUGUGGGAUGUUUUAUCAGCUACAAUCAAGCAUAUGUCAUCAUCUGAAAAAGAAUGUGUGCUUUGUAUGGAUGAGAUGAGUCUGAAAUUAAACUUAUCCUAUAACAGCAAGGAAGAUAAAAUAUUGGGCCUCCAUGAAGUAGAUGGGCAACAGCAACCUGUUGCCGCAGGGUAUGCUUUUACCUUAAUGCUUCGAGGUAUAACAUCAAAAUGGAAACAACCUAUUGGCUUUUCUUUUAUCUCCAGCAGUAAAAUUGAUGAUCAAUUAAAAACAUGGAUAAUUGCUACUGUGAAACGUCUUUUAGAGCUUGGCUUUAAUAUACGAGCUUUCGUGUCAGAUCUAGGAUCAGAUUUUUUGGCAUUUUCAAAAACAUUAGGGAUCUCUAAAGAAAGCUCAUGUUUUGAGAUUGGUGGUCACAACAUUUACUACAUAUUUGAUGUUCCACACUUAAUGAAGUGUGUGAGAAAUAAUUUAAUAAACUAUAAUUUUGAGUUUGAUGGCAAAACUACUCGGUGGGAGGACAUAACAAACAUGUAUGAACUAGGUAAAAUGAAAGAUAUGCGAUCAGCUCCUCGUUUAACUGAUUCACAUUUACAGCCAAAUAGUUUCCAAAAACAAAAAGUUCGUUUUGCCGUUCAAGUAUUUAGCAAUUCUGUAGUAGCAGCUUUAAAAAAUUACCAAUCAUCGGGUACUCUACAAGUUGAUGAUGGUACGAUAUUUUUUAUUGAAAUCAUGAACAGCCUCUUUGAUUUACUGAAUUCAAGCAAUAUCGACUCACCAAAAGCCUACAGUAAACCGUAUAGGAGUACUACUCUCCAAGAGGAAUUGCUAGAUAAAUCUCAGCGUCUGUUUAAUAGCAUGAGAGUUAAAAAUAAAAAGAAUGGCCGUGACGUUACCAAUAUCAUAAAAUUUAUAAAUGCUUUCAACAUAACAAUAAACUCAUUUCGGCAAUUAUAUCAAGAUAUGAAGUCUGAGGGAUAUGAUUACUUACUCACACGAAGAAUUAACAAUGAUUGCUUAGAAAAUUUUUUUGGGCUUGUGAGGCAAGCUGGCGGAAAUUGUCGGGAACCCUCUUGUAUACAAUACACCAGGGCAUUCCGAAAAAUGUUUCUAUGCCAAAUUCUAAAUUUAUCAGACGCUACAAACUGUACCGAAGAUUUUGAUAGCAUACUAGCCCAAUUUGUAGAAUUCGCCAAAAAUACACCUCAAACUCAAGUUUCUAUCCAGGAUCCACCUCAAACACAACCUAAAGAGAAUCUUACAAAUAUGUACGACAUUCCAGAAAAAAAUGCAUUCCACUAUAUCUGCGGUUAUUUGUUGCGAAGGUGUGUUGAAAGUCACAAGCGUGACUGCCUAUCGAUAAUUAGUUACGCAUCAUCAUAUGACGAUGAAUCAAAUGAGAAAAAUUUAUACAUUCGUCUGAGAGCUUAUGAUACUAGCCGUGAUCGCUUCGGAGGACUACAAGUCCCUCCAGAUGAUUUUGUGGAUUACAUACAUAGCUUGGAAACAGAAUUGAUGUCGAUCUUUACUUUUACUGGAAACAUUGGGUUCAAAUUGUUUGAGCAUUUGAGACUAAUAGAAUUCAACACCAAACCAUGUGCAUGCUUCCCAAUAAAUUAUUUGUUAAAUUUAUUUAUUAGGAUGAGAAUUUUUUAUAUAAUUAAGUUCAAUAAUAGAAAUUUCUCUCUAUUAUUGAAUCUAAAAACCGAAAAUAUUUGUCAGUUGCUCAUUUAUAAUUCCUGA